UUCCGCGCGGAGCCGUGACAUCGUUCGCAAGCGAUGUAAACAAGGAUGAGCGAGGAGGUCGGGCGCUCUCGGACUCGGGAGAAGACACGAAACGGAUCGUCCGCUCGCCGAGCAGCGCUCGCGUCAAACCCGUGGACUGUAGAAGAAUCGAGAGGGUUUUCGGCAGUCGAGGGAACCACUAGCCGAGCACUCCGGUCGCCGCAGACACCGCGCUAGAUAGAAACGCACCGAGACAAAGAGGGACCCGGUUCUGUGACUGAGACGACAAGAUGUCCUCCAGCACACUGCCCAGCAGCCCUCCUAAAGGCCACAUGGACAGGAGCGGUAGCUUCUUUAAGCUCAUUGACACGUUUGCACUGGAGAUCGGGGAGCUCAAGCAGGAGAUGGUCCGGAGUUCCCCCGAGCCGGACCAAGAGCCCAUGGCCCUACAAGGGCUGGAGGGAGUCGUCAGCGGGGUGUACCUGCAGUCCCCCCACUCUUGUGGUGGGGCAGGAGGUGAAAGGGACUCUGGGUACGACUCCCUGCGGAGGAGGAUGAGCGUGCUGGACAGGCUGACCCAGACCCACCCAGUGUGGCUGCUGCUGGCGUUCAGCGAGGAGGAGGCCAGACGUGUCCUGCUCAAACAGCCGCUAGGGGUCUUCCUGGUCAGAAAAUCCACAAUGCUGCAGAAAAAAGUCCUGUCUGUGCGUUUGAACGAGGAUGGGUCAGAACCCUCUAUCAGGAACUACCUUGUCAAAGAGAGCCAGUACACCUUCUCUCUGGAGGGGUCUGUGAUCAGCUUUGCGGACCUGUUUCGGCUCGUGGCUUUCUACUGCAUUAGCAGGGACGUUCUGCCUUUCACACUCAAACUCCCAGAGGCCAUUGCAUCCGCUAAGACCCAGAAAGACUUGGAAGAGGUGGCUCAGCUGGGAGCAGGCUUCUGGGACUCUGCCCUGGGCAAACAGCUUCACACCUCCCCCUCUCCCUCGCGACCUCUUAGUCGGACCCUCAGCCUGCAGCGCAGCAACAAGAGGAGGGGGUCCAGGGGGAGGCACAAGGGCACACAGCAGAGACAGAGUGGCUCUGGCUACGACAGUGCACCCCCUGCUCUAUGGUCUCAUGCUCCCCUGGCCUCCUCUCCCUUAGAGAGUAGCCAGUCCAGUGGGGCGGUGUGCUUCGUCAACCCCCUCUUCCUCCAAACGCACCACCACCACCAGGGUGGGGUAGACCCGCCUGCUUCCGACUCUGCCGCCAAGUUGGCUGACAACCCAGGAAACACAGAGAAAUUGUCGGUGGCACAGCUUAGCGACAUCCAAGGUGGUGAGCGGCCGCUGGACAAGACCAAGGCAAACGGCAAGUCGCGGCCCCCUCCCCCUCGCCCUCCCCCGCCCCGCUCUGUUCGCCGUCCACCCCCGCCUGUGCCCUCCGCCAAACCCAAGAGCGUACAGGAGACGGUUGCUGCAGUUUCUGAACAACACCGGUCUCCUCCCAGGCGUCCAGUCCCUUCCCGACCACACAUGGGUGCCAAGCACAGCAGCCCAUCCAAAAUGGCCGGUGCACCCAUCCCUGUGCCAUCCAAUCCUCCGCCGAGGCCCAAGAGGCCUGACCUAGAAGCCCACCGUUGCCACAUCGCCUUGGACGAUGAGACUAUUGCCAAAGCCCUUUCCCGCGCCAAGCUUCCUCCCUGCCAGCCGCCGCCCCCUAUGACAGCCAGUUUGCCUUUGGAGAAUGAUGCAGGGAGUCCUCCAAUCCAGGCAGAAAAGACCCCUGUGCAGGAGGGGGGACGCCAGCGGCUCAGCGACAUGAGCAUGUCUACCUCCUCCUCUGAUUCUCUGGACUCCUCGCAGUCACCCGGCUUCUCCCUUGGCCUGGGAUCAAGCCCCUCCAGACAUCACUGUGACCAUCGAGAGCCAGCCGAAGACAGCAGCGAGGAGGAUGAAGAAGAUGAGGAAGAUGAAGAGGAGGACGACGGUGUCAGCCUGGAGAAUGACCUGGACAUGCGGCUCCGCCUGCCCCACAAAGCUCGGAGGUUGAGGGUGGGUGUGAGUCUGAGCAGGGGCUCCUUUGUCCUGCCCAGGGCCUUGAAGGGACAAUUCCGUAAGGUGAGUGGGGUGCUCAGCUCCCUCAUGACCCCAGAGAGACGGUCGGUAAAGAGGAUAGCCGAGCUCUCCAGGGAUAAAAGCUCCUACUUUGGCUCUCUGGUCCAGGACUACAUCAGCUUUGUUCAGGAGAACCGCAGCUGUCACACAUCUGGGCUUGAUUUUCUGCAGACAAUCAGGCAGUUCAUGACGCAGAUGAAGGCUUACCUUCACCAGAGCUCCGAGCUUGACCCUCCCAUUGAGUCUCUCAUACCCGAAGACCAGAUUGACCAGGUGCUGGAGAAGGCCAUGCACAAGGCUGUUCUGAAGCCUCUGAAGAGCGCAGUGGAGGUGGCUCUGCAUGACUUCCAGGUCAGCAGCGGAGCUUGGCUGCAGCUGAGGGAGAACCUGGCACUGGCGAGGAUGAAGAAGCCCCAAGAGCUGGGGGUGGAUGGGGCCGUUCCCCCCGACGCGGUGGCCAUUGAGAAGAUCCGCCAAAAAUUCCUAAACAUGAGGAAGACGUACUCCCCUGAGAAGAAGGUGUUACUGCUACUGCGCGUGUGCAAACUCAUCUAUACCAUCAUGCAGGAUAACUCAGGGAGGAUGUACGGUGCUGAUGACUUCCUGCCCAUGCUGACCUACGUGAUGGCCCAGUGUGACAUGCCUCAGCUGGACACCGAGAUCGAGUACAUGAUGGAGUUGCUGGACCCUUCUCUGCUGCAGGGUGAAGGGGGCUACUACCUAACCAGUGCCUAUGGAGCCAUGGCCCUCAUCAGGAACUUCCAGGAGGAGCAGGCGGCCCAGGUGCUCAGCUCGGAGGUCCGGAGCACCUUACAUCAGUGGCACCAGCGGCGCACGGCGCAGCGCUCUGCUCCCUCUGUGGACGACUUCCAGAACUAUCUGCGUGUAGCUCUACAGGAAGGGGAUACGGGCUGCACGGCCAAAACCCUGGUGGUUCAUCCUUACUCCACCACAGAAGAAGUCUGCUCACUCUGUGCCUUCAAAUUCAACAUCCCCGACCCUGAAAACUAUGCGCUGUUUCUGCUCGCUCAGGAGACGAGUCAGCAGCUAGCCGCCGACACGCACCCGCAGCGAAUCAAAGCGGAGAUCCACAGCCGCCCCAACAGACACACUUUCCACUUUGUCUACAGGAGGGUGCCCAACCUGAACCUCCAUAUCCCCGCAGACCUGCACAACGGAAACUGCCCUUCUACUUGAGCUAUGGGGGGGAUAGGACCUUAGUAAGUUGUACUGUACUUUAUUGUAAACAAUAGUUAUAUUUCAUGGUAUAAGUGUUUCAACACUUUGGACUUUAAAAUGUGUGAUUUUCUGAGUCGGAUUUGAGGACAUCUGGGGCCUCAUUCAUCGCUCAUUCUUAGGCGCUUUAUUAUGAAUCCCACGGCACUUCUAGGCAAGACACGCCCCGCGUAGCAUUCAAGCGCUUGGACUGGCCAGAUUGGCCAGUACUCGUUGCCUCCGAUGGUUACGUUGGUUAAGGUUAGGGUUAAGGUUAAGGUUAGCCAAUCAGAGGCAGAGUACUGGGCGGGUCUUCCUAGAAUCCUGGCGCCUGGAUGCUACGCGGGGUGUGUCUUGCCUAGAAGUGCCGUGGGAUUCAGAAUGGUAUAACGCUUCGUAGGUACAAAUUUGUUCCUGCACACCCAUAGAAUUUCUGAGCCCCGGGGUUUGUCUGAGAGGUCCGUGUAGACCCUGGUAACCCCUGUAUUUAGACGCCAGUCGGUGACGUCUCUGCGAGCCCGGGUGAUUGCUCGCUGCAAGAGGUAGACAACAGAUGUUAGGGGGAAGGAAUUGCAGAUAACCAUCAGGCCUUGCCUCUGGCUGGCUGUCAGACAAUUUUGAGAGCUAAAAAAAGCCAUGGGUGUGUAGGAACAAGUUUGUGCUUACGAACGUUUGAUGAACGAGGCCCCUGGAUUGUAAUACAAAACUGAAGACAGAUUUUGAGAUUGUCUUUGCUGAUACUUUCUUUUGUUGUUGUUGUUGAGAAGAAUGAUCAAGUGGAUGAAGGUGAGAUGGUCAUUGUUUCAUUUAAAUGCCUGGGGAAGACAGCAUUCUUUCAGAACCUAGUCAAAUAGGAGUUGCACAUAAAGGUUAUACUAUAUUGUUCAGUAGGUAGAUUUUGUUCACAUAAAAUAACACUCUGGUAGUCCUAAAGAGAAUGUGACUUGGAUUGUAUCGUUAGUAUGUUAGGUUUGAAUUGUCGUCAACAAGCACUUACGAGACCAUUGGUAAACAUUUCUUUGGGCUGGAAACCUGUUGGCACGGGCUUGGAGUGGUGGAACUGGCUGCCCUCAUGACACGUUCGACAGGAAACGAGACGAGACUAUGCUUUUUCUUAUUUCCAGGGGGAAAAAGCACAUAAUGAUGAUCCUCCUCUGAAUUGCCCGCUUAGUAUGGGGGCAGCAAGACACUGUGACCCAUGUGACUUGGGUAACCGGUAGAGUCCAGCAUGGUAGACCACCAGGUAGAA